AUGUCCAAGAUCAACACCCUCCUCUUCGACUGUGACAACACCCUCGUCCUCUCGGAGGAACUCGCCUUCGAAGCAUGUGCCGGCCUCAUCAACCAGAUCUGCGCGGAGCGCGGCAUCAAGAAGGAGUUCACCGGCGAAUCUCUCAUUGUAGAGUUUGUUGGCCAGAACUUCCGCGGCAUGCUGACCACUCUCCAGAAGGAGAAUGGUAUUGAAAUCGCUCCAGAUGACAUGGAGAAGUACGUCCGUAUGGAGGAGGAUGCCGUCAUUGCCAAGCUCAAGGCCUCGCUGCGGCCAUGCCCUGGCGUGGAUGAGCAGCUGGAGAAGCUGGCUGCCUCCAAGAAGUACCUCCUUGCAGUCGUUUCGUCUUCUGCAUUUCGUCGUGUCAAGGCAUCUGUGGACAAGGUUGGCCAGGACAAGUACUUUAAGAACGAAAAGGGCGAGGAUCUGAUUUACUCUGCCGCUACAAGCCUGGAGAAGCCUACGAGCAAGCCUGACCCGGCUAUCUAUCUGCACGCGUUGAAGACGCUGGGCAAGACGGCUGGGGAGGCUGUGGCGAUUGAGGAUAGCAAGAGCGGUACGCUGAGUGCUACAAGGGCUGGCAUCAAGACGAUUGGGUACGUUGGGCCGUAUGCGGAUGAUAAGAAGGCCGAGAUGGAGAAGGUCUUGACUGAUGCGGGCGCGGUGAUUAUUAUGCGGGACUGGAAGGAAUUCCCGGCCGCUCUGGAAAAAAUCGAGUCUGGGGCUCUGUAA